AUGCGUUUCCAAUUGAUCUUCCUGUCCGCCCUUUUCGCUGCAGUAUUCGCUCGACCCGAACUCGAGGAAGAUCCUACAGAAUUCGAUGUAUCAGACUGCAGAUGGUUCGGUCCUGGUCAAUGUGUCCAGAAAUGUCCUCCCAUGUACGGAGCUUACAUUGCUGCCAACUGUACCGGUGAAGAGGAACAUUCUUGUUGCGACGUCCAAUGCUGCUUGUUGAGAAACCCUUCCCCGUAA